UCAAGCAGUAAUUUCAUUGGGGAAAAAAACAUAACAAACAUAUAGCACUGAUUGUUAAUAUUCCUUCAAAUUGAAUUUGUGAUCUUAGUUUUUUGUUGCAUUUCAUAAUGUCUAAUCUUCCACCGUGUCCAGGUAACUUGAAACCAAUCGCACAUUUCUUGAAAACAGCUCUUGAGCAUGACGACCGAGAUCCAGUCGUUGCAUAUUGGUGUCGAUUAUAUGCUCUUCAAACUGGAUUGAAGUUAUCCGCAAAGCAACCAGAUGAAACUGUUCUGUUUAUUGCUAUUAUGGAUUGGCUGGAGAAAUUCAAGAAGCAACAUCAUGACAACGAAGCAGUAACAAAUGAUAUUGUGGCACAAGCAUACUUGGAAAACUACGCAUUAAAACUAUUCACUUAUGCUGAUCAACAAGAUCGAGCCGCUAAUUUUAAUAAAAAUGUUGUAAAAGCCUACUAUACGGCUGGCGUUGUGUAUGAUACAUUAUUGACGUUCGGUGAAUUGAGUGAAGAGGCAACGGACAAACGAAAGUAUGCCAAAUAUAAGGCGGCCUACAUUCAUACAUGUUUGAAAAAUGGUGAAAUGCCCGUCCCAGGGCCACCAAAUGAAGGCGGUGAAGGUGAUGACAACAAUCCUGGUCAAUCGAAUGUUGGAAAUGACGAUGAUACCGAAGCAGCACCGUCACAACCUCCGGCCGAUGAAAAUGAACCAUCCACGCCCGACCAAAAUAAUCCAUCACCACCACAUAGUCCAAUUGAAUUUAAACCACAUCCUAACCCAAUGGAAAUUAAUGCUGAUAAACUUCCAUCGCCGCCAGUUGAUCCAGAAAUAAAGAAUCCAGGCGGUUUUGAACCAUAUGUACCGACCAGUGGAACUAUUCCACGAUACGAACCACCACCGGUCAAUGUUGCUCUCACACCCGAACAAAUGGCAAAGGCACAAAAGUAUUGUAAAUAUGCCGGAAGUGCGCUAAACUUUGAUGAUGUUAAAUCGGCUAUUGAAAAUUUGGAGAAAGCAUUACAUCUUUUAACCAUGGGCCAAGAAAAGGCUUAAUCGCUUCCCUUAUCCAAAUUUCUCUAAAGCGAUCAACACUUUUUCUUCUAAAUUUCUAUUUUAUACGCAAUGUUAUGCAAUUCUUGACCAACAUGAAAAUGAAAAACAAAAGCAACAUCUAAAUUUGUAUAAAAGAAGAAUAUAUCGUUUCUUUUUUAUUUAAGCAAAAGCACAUAAAAUAUAC